AUGGCUUCGAAGUACGAGAAAGAUAUCAGUCCGAGUGAGAGUAGCAGCACACUUGCUCUGUUUCCUGAUAAGGAAGACUAUGAUGAUUUCCAUCCUGUCAUUCGCAGGAAAUCGAGAUGGUAUAAGUCGCCCUUUAUCGUACACAUCGUUUCACUUCGAGGGGAGAACUGCCACAAGUCUAUGGUUUACACGCCAGCAAGAGAGGCAAUAAAAUGGGAGAAGACCUCAUUUCAAAAUCCCCUCGGGCAGGACAACCCCUAUAAAGGUCAUCCGAGACCAGAGCUCGACCAAGCCUGGCACGAUCUACUGGAGAACUCCAACAUUCGCGUGAGCGAAGAGGAGCUCAAGAAGAUCAAUCGCACAUCGAUCAAGCUGACUGAUGGCUCGGGUGACUACAUGGCUGGGCUCAACGUUCACCACCACUUGCACUGCCUGAAAAGUAUACGUAGAGUCAUCUAUCGUGACUACUAUGAUCUGUAUGAAGAGGACGAGAUGUGGAUCCAUCUAGGUGAGGCCUCAGCUUCUUCAUCGCAAUGUUAUAGCUAA